UUCUAGUCGGUCGGAUACCAGGUAUUCCUUUACCGAGAAAUGCGCGAGCUAUAGCUCUCUCACCUCGUGUUGUUCAUCGUUACCGCCCCGAGUAACAACAACUACUAAACUAGAACAGUAGAUGAUAUCUCGUCUGGUUGUGGCAUUCGGUUCUUGGCAUCAAACCUGGGCUUGUUUUUAAUGACCACAGUAAUUACAUCAACAGCUUCUUCGAUGCGUAAAGGUCGUUCAGAAAAGGUUAGAAAUUGCAGUAUCCGCUUGGCGUUCUGUUCAAACUCAGGCGGAAUUCUACGUAGGACUUGGGCGUAUGUCUCGUCUAGCGUCCUUGGCAAAGAUUAUAGCGUUUGGCGAAGACUGUUAGGAUCAGGGCAUUUUUCAAGAGCAUCAAGUUGGCAUGAGACCCAGCGAAACCUAUUUCCUGACUUAGCAGCAGUAUUCAAGAGGGUUAAUCUUUUCUCACAUUCCGUUAGCUUUCUCCAUCAGAUGGCCUUCGAUCUCAUCCAGAAUUUCUUCUCGUGUUCGCUACCUCUUAAAUCCCUCGUGUUGUCUUACUGUUUCAUGAACAUACGCACGUAUGUCUUCAGUGACAAGCUCGCUCUGGAGAGGGAUCUGGUUGUCGAUAUGUCUUUCCAAUGCUGACUUGAUGUCGUGUUCAGGGCGACUCGUGACAAGAAGGUGGAUAUUUACUUGCGGUAAGUUUAGAAUACCCUCAAUCCAGUCUAGCAACCCCUCGUUGCUUAGACCUGUUCUCUUCUGGCAUUCGUCGAGUGCAUCCAAGACGAUCC